AUGCUGAUGGACAUUUCAGACGCCACAGCGGCAAACCUUAAGACCCUGGAUGAGGAGGAGGAGGAGGAGGAGGAGGAGGAGGAUGGUAGUGGUGCUUCGGGACGGCAGUCAACGUUAUUUGACGGCGUGCGAGGCAAAGGAGAGGUGGGCGAUAAUACGAAUGUUAGUAUGUCGGGAUGAUGUCGCCGACAAUACAAAGGUUUCCAAAUCAAAAGUUUGGUAAGACGGGUUGAGUUGGACAAGCUUUACUGCUGAGGAUGUGCAUACACAAAGCUCUGUAAGCAGUCGCCGCGAGCGCGCUCGCCAGGCAAAUUAUGCUAUCUGUGUCCGCCUUCGAGGUGCUCAGAACCAGUGCAUCUGCGCGCCCUUCGAUGUCUCGGCUUCCGCCAGACAAUCGGAGGAGGAAAGACGUUGAGUGGCUUCGAGCACCCGCGAGGCUAGUGACAAGCCUCGCGCGUCCCAGCAGCAGAUCGACAGGGAGUGAGGCGGACAGGAGGACAGCGGGACAAAGGCGGAGAGCAAGGAGCCGCGAACUGCCACAGGUGCGGCCUCGGUGUUAAAGUUGAUCUGUAAGUGCCAAGCAAGUCCAAAUGGCGCCCGGAUUGUCCGUUGACAUCUUGGACACGUUGGAGGCGGUUGGGCGUUGGCGUUAUGAGGUGGCGGCGACGACUAUUGGAAAACUUCUAUUAUUAUUCCAGUAUUUAAAUCUGGCUGUCAUUCUGACGUUCAGAACUAUCAAGGUGUCCAUAAAACGCCUUCUCUCGCUAAGACCUUUGAAAAAAUUAUCGCCUUCAAAAUUACCGACUUUUGCAUAGCCAAUCAAGUUAUUAGCCCUUCCCAGCAUUGUUUUUUACCAGAUCGCUCUUGUGAAACAUGUAACCAGUCGUUUCUCAAUCUACUUACUUCUCUCCGUAAUGACCAUCUUUCUGUUGUCGUUAUUUAUUUUGAUCUUAGUAAAGCCUUUGAUAAAGUGCCACAUAGAAGACUCUUGGUUAAAUUGGAAGCUCUGGGAAUUCGCAGUCCGCUUAUAGACUUUAUUAAGCCAUACCUGUCUUAUCGUUAAGAAAAGGUUCUAGCGGGAUCUUCACUUUCCAGUGAAAGCCUUAUUAUAAGCGGUGUCCUACAAGGCACCGUUUUAGGUCCUCUUUUGUUCCUGCUUUACAUAAAUGAUAUCUCGGCAGCAGUUAAAUAUUCUCAAGCAUUUAUUUAUGCCGAUGAUCUGAAAUAUGUAUAUUCUUUCAAUAAAUCUACGAGCCAUCAUUGUCUGCAGCAAAUCCAUGCCGACUUUCUUGCUCUCUCAGCUUGGAGCUCAAAAUGGCUAAUGGAAUUCUCUCCGUCUAAAUGUCGCUAUAUGUGUUUUGGACCUGGCAGACUACCCCAACCAGUGGUCUUUCAAGGCACACCUAUGGCUGAAUGUACCACCAUCAAGGAUUAAGGUUUAAGCUACACUAAUACUCUUGAUCUCUCGCCACACUCUGACAGAAUUACAGCUAAAGCUGCCCAGAUUUGUGUCUUUAUUUCUUACAAUUUCUGUCUUCCCAAAAUUAAAUUAAAACUUUAUCAGAUGUCUGUAUUUCCCAUUCUCGAUUAUUGUUGCCCAUUCUUUGGUUUGAUGAAUGCAGCUAGUCGUUUAAAAGUUGAAAACGUCCAAAGACGUUUUUAUAAAAAACUUUUAAAUAAGGAACAUCCCAAUAUCUCCUACUCAGAUAGGUGCCAGCUAAUUAACCUAAACUUUUUAUGGGUUCGAAGACUAGAAGCAGGCUUCUGUCUCCGCUUUCGCAUUAAUAAUAGUUCAAAUCUUCCUCGGAUUUCAGCAUUUACCCCUGGUAGUCGCCCAUACAAUCUUCGUAACUCUUCCUUGAUUAUACCUCCUCCAGCUUCCUCCACCUCUAAGCGCUCUCUUUUUUCACUUUCAGAUAUACUUUCCUCUGGAAUAACCUUCCAAUAAAUAUAAGAUCCUCAGAAAAUCUACACACCUUUAGGAGAAGGCUACGCCUUUAUCUGAAUACUGACUCGAUUAAACUUUUAUUUUCCUCCUCCUUCCCAGACAACUUUUUCUAUGACACUUAGAAAGGGCCACCGGGAAUUUAGUAUGCCGCCAUUAAAUUUCCGUAUCCGUUCACAUUCCCUUCAUUUAUGAGUAGUCUCGCUUCCUAAGAUCCCUCACCAGAAAUGUUAAUUUUCCAAUUUUUCAGUUCAUGCAUCUUGCCCUCAGAAUCCGCCCCAUUGAUGCUCUUGGAGAGGCCUUGUGUAUUCGCUAUAUACUAGUAGUCUGGUCGCAUCUCCCUCGUCCCCUCCUCGGAUGGAUUCGGCUGAAUGUAACCGAUCGCAUCUUGGUUCCUAUCGCCUCGAGACUGGUUUUCAAGUCGCCACAUUGA